AUGGGCCUUGGGACCAGCCCUGGAGUCACUUUGGAAAUUCAUCACUACAAACCCCAGAUUUCAUCCCAAUCAUCGAGAACGUAUUUCAAAAUGCGGAGGAACCAUCAGACCUCCAGCUUUAAACCCUUUCAAUUGCCCACACAGAGGCACACAUAUGCUCCCUCCCCGUCCAAGAGUAGUAGAACCGGUAUCAUCGACCAGAGACUCAUCCAAGGCUCCCAGCAGCCACAUUACAGCAGCUCAUCUCCCCGAAAGCCUUUUAAUGGCUUGGCAUCAUCAACUCACGAUGAGGACCCUCAAUUGGAUGCUUUUGCCUCAGAGGAUAGAGAAGAGGCAAUUCCAGAUUCAGGAUUUGGAAUUCCUACAUCUACGCCGCUUCGAGCGUCUCGUCAGCCUGAUCUACAUCCACCACAAUUCGCUCGUUUCUUUCAGCGUAAGUUGCUUGUAUACGAGUGCUGGUGGGUUUGUCUUGUUGGAGCAGGAUUGACGAGUAAUAGCCAGCUCAACUAUCGGUUCAUCGGACCCUUUACUAGGGCCUCCAUCGAGCCCGUUGGCUUUGUUCCGUCAGAAGAAGGACGGGAUACGGAUGGGACAGCGCAGCCUCGAGACGAAUCCUGGCCCAUACUGUGA